GGGCUGCGGCGGGGCGCCGCUAACCGGAUGCCGCCAACGGGGCGCCGCCGCCCGGGCCCGCGCUGCGCCCGGCCCCUCCCUCCGAUCGACCCUCCCGGCGCGCCGCUGCGCGGGCCUGGAGCCGCCGAGCUCUCGGCGCUCGGCUGCGCCGCCUGCCUCCCGCCCGCCCGCCCGCCCGCCGGCGCGGACAUGGCGGCGCCCGCGCUCUUCGCCGAGGGUGUGCGGGCCGUGCUGGGCGCCUGGGCCGCGCUGCAGGUGGCGGUGGAGAACGGCUUCGGCGGCGCCCAGGGCCCCGAGAAGGCAGCCUGGCUGGCAGCGGCGCUGCAGGACUUCUUCCAGCGCAAUGCUGACCUGGAGCCAGAGGAGGUGGAGGAUUUCUUGGCCGAGGUGAUGGACAAUGAGUUCGACACGGCAGUGGAAGACGGCAGCCUGGCACAGGUAAGCCGGCAGCUCGUGGCACUCUUUGCCCUGGCAGCGCGGGGCGACGCAGCUGCCGUGGGGGCCGCUGUGGCCCGCCUGGGCUGCCCCGGCCCUGCGCACCGGGCUGCUGCCUCCGUCCCCCCCAAGGACACCGGAGGCCGCGAGGAUGCCACCGAGGCCAUGGACUGCAGCCCCCCCCCCAACCCCCCGCCGGACCCUGAUGCCUGGACCUUGGUGCAGAGGAGGCGAAAGUGAGGGGGGGAGGGCAAUAAAGGGAACACCCCACAGCGGCGGGGAGAUUUCCA